AUGUCGUCGAUCCGGGUCCGCGCGACCAACAAGCUCAUGGCCAAGCUCGGCGCGACCAAGCCGAGCAAGAACACGCAGUUCGACAUUGCCGCCGCCGGCUUUGAAGAGCUCCAGUCGGGCGUCGUCAACCUCGACAACGCGCUGCAAGGCUUCAUCCUCUCGCUGAAAGGCUUUCACGCGUCGGCCAACGUCCUUUUGCGCGCGGUCGAGGACGUGGCGAGCGUGCGCUGCUCGGACAACAUGGGCACGGCGCCCGAGGUGCGGCAGUUUGUCGACGUCUUCAAAGCGUGCUCGCUCAGCAUUGACAUCACCAAGCUCACCGAGCUCGUCAAGACGUUCGAGACGCGUGUGCAAAAGCCAUCGCAGGGCUGGCUCCACCAAGUCGCGCACCUCAAGUCCGAGAUCGAAGACUUUAACGACAGCCACAUCACGUUCGACCACUACACGAAGAAGGUGCAGACGCUCCGCGAUGCCCACAACAAACGCGCCGGCGCCGGCAAGCAGGAGAAGAGCAAGGACGUCGACAAGCUCCACCGCAACGAACAAAAGCUCGUGACCAUCUCGACCAACUAUAACAAGACGUCCGAGAAGACGAUCCAGGACCUCCGCACGUUUCUGCAAAACCGCGACGCGACCUUGCUGCCGCUCGUCCAGCGUAUCAUUGAGUUUCGCCUUGCGUAUGCCAAGGACGUGUACGACUUGACGGCCAAGCUGGACCCGCUGCUGCGCAUCUCGACUUUCAACGAACACCUCUCGCGCCUCGAAUCGUUUGCACCGAGCGGCCACGACAGCGCGAUACCGGCGGCGACCCGCACCGACGACGAGCCGGAGGUGCAGGUGACGACGCUGAGCUUCAACGAUUUCGUCGGACCGACGACCGAGGCGCCACCGUCGGCCGACUUUUUCCAGGCACCGGCGACGCAACACGGCAGCGUCACCUCGUCCCACGCUACCCACUUGUCGUCGGGAAGUUCGUGGCAAGACUUUAACGCGCCGUCGGCAUCGCCGGCGUUCGAGGCGUCGUUUCCAUCGGCGUCCGGCAAUCACAUUACAACGAGCGCGGUUGCCGGUAGUCGCACGAGCUUUAACUCGACGACGACCGCAGCGCGCACCGGCAGUAUCAAGGCCGACGGAGGGUUUCCAGCCUUCCAUGCGCCGGACGAAGCGGGGUUCAACCCCUUUGCGGCGACACCGCCGCCGUCGUUCAGCGAGGCGCCGCCGAUGAAUCCAUUUGGAGCUUCGGCGUUCCCUCCGCCGCCGCCGACGACGCCACAAGACUCGUUCAACUUUAUGCAGUAG